AUGGUAAUGGAGGCGUCCCCGUCCCCGCAGAGCGUAGGCCGCGAGUUUGUCCGCCAGUACUACACGCUGCUCAACAAGGCGCCCGCCCACCUCCACAGAUUCUACAACAACUACUCGUCCUUCGUGCACGGCGGGCUCGACGCACCCAACCGCGAGACGCUGCCCGUGGUCGGCCAGAAGCAGAUACACCACCGCAUCCAGCAGCUUAACUUCCGCGACUGCCAUGCUAAGAUCAGCCAGGUGGACGCGCAGGCCACGCUGGGCAACGGCGUGGUGGUACAGGUGACGGGCGAGCUGUCCAACGGCGGCGCGCCCAUGCGCCGCUUCACGCAGACCUUCGUGCUGGCCGCGCAGACGCCCAAGAAGUACUACGUACACAACGACAUCUUCCGUUACCAGGACAUAGUUUUCUCGGACGAAGAAGGCGAGGGCUCGGGGCGGUCGGAGGGCGAGGAGGAGGAGGUGGCGACGGGCGGGUACUUCCCCCCCGCGCCCGCGUUCCCGCCGGCGCCCUUCCCCGCACCGCCCGCGCCGCCGCACGCUCCGCUGCCGUCGCCGCCCGCCCCCGCCCCCGCGCCCGCGCCGCAUCUCAACGGGCAUCCGCCGCAGCACGAGGAGCCCGCGCGCCACCUCGUGGCGGCGCUGCAGCCGAGCGCGAUGCCGGCGGGUGGUACGGGUGGCGCGGGCGAGCGCGAGCCCGAGGCGGCGCCUGAGCCCGAGGCGCAGCCCGAGCCCGAGCGCGAGCCCUCGCCGCCGCCACAGCCAACGACGCCCGCGCCGCCGGAGCCCAAGACGUACGCCAACCUGCUGAAGUCCGGCGCGGGCGCGUCGCGCGGCUCGCCGCCCGCCCCCGCCGCCGCGCCCGCCCACGCGCCCGCCCCCGCGCCCGCGCCCGCCCACGCCGAGCCGCGCCCGCGCGUCGCGCGCCAAGCGCCGCCGCCGCAAGGAAACACUCCAGCGGGGGACCGUGAAGGUCGCGAAGGCGCGCGCGAGGGCGGGCGUGAGGGCGGGCGGGAGGGCGCGCGCCGCUACUCGGACGCGCAGCAGCUGUUCCUGGGCAACCUGCCGCACUGCGCCACGGAGGAGGAGCUGCGCGCGCUGUUCGUGCGCUUCGGGCCGGUGGCGGAGCUGCGCGUGCACAGCAAGCCGGCGGCGCCGGGCGCGCAGCGGCACCCCAACUACGGGUUCAUCACGUACGAGACCGCGCAGGCCGCCGCCGACUGCCUCAGCGCCGCGCCGCUGUACUUCCCGAUGGAGGGCGGCGAGGGCGCCGGCGUGAAGCUCAACGUGGAGGAGAAGAAGACGCGCGCGCGCGAGCCGCCGCGCCGCCGCCCGCCCUCCGGCCACCGCGCCGCCUUCCAGCAGCGCCAGCCCUACCGCCGC